GUCGGAGACAGAGGGAGGUCCGGGACCGUUACAGAUCAGAAUCCCGUUUCCUCCAGGUUAAUCCGGAUUUAGAAGGAAACCAUGGAAAACGUUACCGCAGCUCGUCUGAUGAGGUGAAACUACGAAUUUGACCGCUGAGGGUAGAAACCGCACAACACUGCUGCUCUUCUUCAUCUCCACCAUUUUGGUUGUCAGUGAUGGAGCACAUCCGGACGCCCAAGGUGGAACAUGUGCGUCUCCUUGACCGGUCCUCGGGCCAGAGGAAGGCCAGCAUUGGGACUCUCUACCUUUCUGCUACACACUCCAUCUUUGUCGAGAACAACCCUGAGACACGCAAGGAGACGUGGGUGUUGCACAGCAUGGUGAGCAGUGUGGAGAGGCCGGCCAGCAGUCCUGCGGGGAGCCAACUGAUCCUGCGCUGUAAGGACUUCCGGGUCUUCUAUAUCCUGGUCCCUCAGGAAAGAGACUGUGUGGACGUCCAUGCUUCACUGGUCAGGUUGUCACGACCAGAGAAGUACAUUGAGCUGUACUGCCUCUCCUUCAAUCCCAAUGUGAACAAAGAGGAGAGGGAGGAGUCAUGGAACUUCAUCGACCUUGUGUCAGACUACAAGAGGAUGGGAGUUCCUAACAACCUGUGGGUGACAACAGCAGCCAACAGUGAAUACAGGGUGUGUGACACCUACCCCUCAGAGCUGUUUGUUCCAAAGUCGGCCACACCCACUAUCAUCGAUGGCAGCUCAAGGUUCAGGAGUCGAAGACGAUUUCCUGCUCUGUCCUACUUCCACCAGGACACACUGGCUGCAGUGUGCCGGUGUAGCCAACCUCUGUCAGGAUUCAGUGGACGCUGUCAGGAGGAUGAGAUGAUGCUUCAGGCUGUGAUGAAGUCCAACCCUGGCAGUGACUACAUUUAUGUGGUGGACACCAGGCCCAAGCUGAACGCUGUGGCCAACCGAGCGGCAGGUAAAGGCUACGAGAACGAGGACCACUACACCAACAUCAAGCUGCAGUUCAUCGGCAUCGAGAACAUCCAUGUGAUGAGGAGCAGCCAGCAGAAGAUCAUUGAUGUGGGUGAGAUGCGGUCUCCCUCCAUGACGGACUUCCUGUGGGGUCUGGAGAACUCUGGUUGGCUCAAACACAUUAAAGCCAUACUGGAUGCUGGAGUCUUCAUAGCCAGGGCCGUGGCUGAUGAAGGAGUUAGUGUCCUGGUCCACUGCUCAGACGGCUGGGACAGGACCGCCCAGGCCUGCUCUGUGGCCAGUAUACUGCUGGACCCCCACUACAGGACCAUCACAGGACUGAUGGUGCUGAUAGAGAGAGACUGGGUUUCCUUUGGACACAAGUUUUCCCACAGGUGCGCCCACCUGGAUGGAGAUCCUAAGGAGGUGUCCCCCGUUAUUGAUCAGUUCCUGGAGUGUGUGUGGCAGCUGUCAGAACAGUUCCCAUGCGCCUUUGAGUUCAAUGAGCGCUUCCUCAUCGCCAUACACACACACGCCUACUCCUGUCAGUAUGGGACCUUCCUGGGCAACUGCCAGAGGGAACGCAGGGACAUGAGGCUUCGUGAGCGGACUCACUCUCUGUGGCCUCACCUGUGGAAGGAUAGAGCUGACUAUACCAACCCUCUGUACAAGGCUGAGCUGAGCCAGAGUCAGGGCGUCCUGAGACCCAACACCACCCCCUACUGCUUCAAGAUGUGGAAAGGUCUCUACAACCACAUGGAGAAAUCGAUGCCUCCUCACCAGUCACCUGCCGACUUCCUGUCUGCCGUGAGGGAGGAGUCCCAGCAGCUGGAGGAGGAGCUGACCAAUCACCAGGAGAGGAUAGCUGCCCUGACAGGGCAGCCAAUCACGUGGGAGAAGAUUGAGGUUCCAAGGAGGAGGAGGACCACCCACCUGCCGCAGAGACACUGUGGGCCGGACCCGCCCACCGCUUACACAGACCCAAUCACCAGCCCUGCACAGGACACCGGUCAUACAGUCUCCUCUCAACCAGCCAAUCAGAAGGACCCAGCUCUCACCCUGCAGAUGGAGCCACACACACAGAUCAAGAAUCACGACCCUGAUGACCUCUCCACCUGCAGCGACCUGGAGUCGGGCGUGGCCGACCUCAGCAGCCGCUCGUCCAGCGGCGGGGACUACGCCAAGGACCCGGAGUUAGAAUGAGGAGACCUGUGCUACUGCCUGACUGGAAAACAGGGUGAGGGUGACAGAGGAAAUGACAAGUGUCCUAAAAAUAUUUAUUCAAACAGCUGGAGAGGAAGAGGAGGGAGGAAGAUUAAAGAUGGAGAUGAGUUUCUCCUUUGUUUUCUCAUCAAAGAGAGAAACAUCAGUUUCCUGUGUUUCAGUUUGAGAGGCUGCUUUUAUACGUGAUGUUUAUUAUGUUUAUUUAUUGUUGUUUGUAUUUAGUUUCAGGGAUGAACUGUUACUGUGACACACAGGGGUCAGGGGGACGAAGAGCAAUGUGUCUCUGUAGUUGCCAUGCUUCACUUUCCCUCCUCAUCACCAUAAUUCAACAUGAUGAUUCACUCUUCUUCACUGAUAAUCUCCUGUCACUCACAUCAUGUCUCAGCAUCAUGAUCCCGGUCCAGUCUGGACCUAGUCAGGUGUGAGGGGCCAAGAGUUCAGCAGUACAGUAGUAAUGUAAUUAGAGUCACAUGCAUAUAAUUGGUGUGUUAUUGAUGUGAAGAGCAGAUGGGUGUCAUGAGUCAGGACUGGGUAGAUGUAUGUGGUCUUGGUCCUGGAUCAGGGGUCAGGACUGUGCAGAUGUGUGUGCUCUGGGUCCUGGAUCAGCUGCUACAGACAAACAUGAGGUCUGAACACUGGAACCUGGACAGGGACUCAGAUGAAGCUUUCGUCCUUGAACUUAAACCUAAACCACCUCAGUCCAGUCCCCCCUCUGAGGGUCUGCAGGACCUGUAUCAGGACAUGUGGUGGUUCCUCAGCUCUGAUGGACUCACAGUCAAAGAGAAACAGUGAAAUACAUAAUGUUCCUGUAGCAGUGUGUAACAUGAUGUGAUGAUAUUUACCCUCUGCAGCUCGUCAUAUGAUGUUCUAGCUGUUGUCAUGGAGACCAUGUUUUACUGAUAUUUAUUUGAAUCAGCCACAAGAAGAACCUCUGACUAAGGGUCACCUGUCGGACUGGAGAAGCACAGGUGUUUUUGUGUGGUCCAGAUCAGUGUCAUGGAAACAAGACUUCACUGGACCUUCACCCAGCAGAGAGAGAAGAGAUAAACGCCAGAGUGCUUCAUCAGCUGGUUCUCACCGACUCUGACAGGAGGGACCGUGUAAAACCAGCGUCACUGACUGAGUCUCUGGAUCUCCUCUCCCUCUUGUACAUGUCCCCGUAGCCUGUGGUGUGUGUGUGUGUGUGUGUGUGUG